AUGCCACGCUCUUUCUGCAGCCGCUCAUUCUCAUCCUCCUCUUUUUCAACCAGCACAUCCUCCUCGUUCUCUUCUGACCCAGUCUCCGGUCGUUCACCCUCUCGAACUCCCUCCACACACAAAUUAAAACGAUGGCUUUCGUCGCAUCUUCUCCGCCGACCAAGCCCUGAUCUGGAUUUCACCCAUCACUACCAUAAACGCAUCAACAACAGCAACAAAUGGUCCAAUCCAAGUAUCAUUUGUCACGCGCAACAAUCUUCAACAAUCCAAACCGCCCCAGAUCAGGCUGGGUUUAUCGGACAGCUUCGGUUUACGCACUUUCAUUAUGAUCACGAGUACCCCGAUUACGAGUCAUUCGAUGACAGCCAAGACCACGCCCAAUGCCACCCUAGAAGCCACCAACACCUACAGCAAGAGCAAGAUGGGGAUGAAAUAAAAGCAGAAGAAGAAGAGGAGGAGCGGAAGAAGGACCUCGCUCUACGUGACAACUAUGCCGCCUUCUGCCGUGCCUUCACUUCUUCGCCUGUCCACUGUCUUAAUAUACCUAGGCAGCCUCUUCCGCGACUCCCCCAAUCUACACCAUGCGAGGAAUAUGAGGACCACGUCGAUCCUGCCAAAAAUCUCCCUUCUGCAGAAGACGUGUCACAGAUACUUUCCCUACCUGUCGGUGCUUAUGGCUACCAUCCUACGUCGUGGACGUUGCCUAGGGCUCCUUCGCCGCCACCGGGGAUUCUCACGCCAGGACGGUAUGAGGAGAUCCAGCAGCAGCAGAGAAGGGAAGAAUCGUUAUGGCACAAGAAACGCAGGAAAGGCACUUUUAUGCGGUGCAUGUCUGCUCGAACCUCCUGGUGGCCGUGGGCACGGAAAAAGGUAUCCUGA